UCUUGUUAAUCUCCUAUCUUUGACUCUUAACACCUCCACUUAUGGAUUGGCUGGUCUGUUUCUCUUCUGUAAUUUAAUGUUGUUGGUAUCUUCAUUUAAAGCAUUUUUUUUUUUACCACUACUGCUUCAUUUGAGAUAAAAAGGGAGUCACCUGAUCUUCAAACACCUUUGGUGGUCUCAUGGCUCACAUGGCAGUCACAGUUUACUAUCCACCAGCACAGCGUCUGUAAUCCUAGAUGCAAGGAACAAUUCAAGGAUGAGAAAUGAAGAACAUUUGGUCCAUACAGGGGAACUGGAGAAUCCACAUCUUUUACAGAGAAAGUUACUCCAAACAGGAGUUGUGCUUCCCUUCUCUCCUCUCAAGGUGUUGUCCAAUGGAGAGCCGUGUAUUCUGUUCCAGGCGAGGAAAUUGUCUCUUCGCUUUGAGAAGGAGAAACCGGUGGAUCUGACAGAGCUCACCUUUUCUCCUCAGAAGCUUGUCGACACGAGGGAGUCGCUCUGCCAACAAAGAACAGCAACGCUGGUAAUGAAGUUUGGAGAUGUGGAGGAUUUGAGGGGCUUGUCAAUCAGAUUUCAGCUGUCCAACACAUUUUACGAAUCUUCAGGUCAGUGGUGGUUCUCAGUGGACAGAGUCUCUGUUUUAUACAACACUUCUGAGGAGGCUAUCUUCAAUGCCACAGAUGUUUAUGCUCCAGCCUCCUCCUCCUACCGCUGCCUCCAUGUCAGCAGCCUGCAGAGAUAUAGUGGUCUGUUACUGCCGAGCACUGAGCAUGCACAGCGCUGGGCCCUCACCUUCGUCGACUUCCAGAUCCAGGCAUUCAACAUCAGCUCAGAGAAGUUUUCUCCUGCGAGCGACUGCACCACCGUCCUGACCCCAGCCAUCCUGAUGGGCCUCAUCACAUCCCUGAUCCUGCUGCUGGUUCUGGCCUACGCCCUGCACAUGGUCGUCCACCUGAAACACAUCGAGCAUGACGACCAUCAAAAGGCCGACAUUUACUUCCCUCAAAGUCCAGAGCAGCUCGAGCACUGCUGUGAAGAAACCUCCACGAUGAAUAACGGGAUGUCAGAUAAACAGAGAACGUUUUAAAAAAGGGACACAGUUAAAAUAACUAACUUAAACCAUGGUGUAAUGUGCUUUAUGCUCAGGAUUUUCUUUUUAACGAAAAAUUGUAAUGUUUUGUAAAUUAACUAAGUCAAUUUCAGGAUUUAUCUUUGUGACACAUUUAAUAAAAAUAUUAAUGCAAAAAUGUAACUUUUUAAUAGUUUGUUUUUACACAAGUAAUAAAUAUUAAAACUGAA